UUACGUAAAGAUAGUUACUCUUGUGAGUUUUACCGUGCUCUUAUUAAAAUCCUUAAAUUUAUUAUCAUUUAUAUAUUAUCUCUCUCUCUCUCUCUCUCUCUCUCUUUCUCAUUUUUUCUCUAUCAUUUCUUUUCUUUAUUUUUAACGCAAGAAUUAAUAACAUUAAAAACAAAUUAUGAGAUUAACCAAUUAUUUAUUUAAAAGAGUAGCAGAAUGGACAAAGAAAUAUUCGAAUUUACCUGAUUCCUAUAUAGAUCGUACUAUGCGACAGGUUUAUUGGCGUACACCUCGAGGUAAACCACAAUAUCUUCCACGUACUCUUGAACGUAAACGUUAUUGGUUUUCCAUUUAUAAACCAUGGACGAAUAAUUUUAAAAUAGAAAAUAUUAAACCUUUGUUACCCGAUUAUAUACAUAUAGAGCCUAUAAAAGAUUGGAGUUUUUUUCGUGGCGACAGGGUUGAAAUAUUAAUAGGAAAAGAUAAAGGUAAACAAGGUAUAGUAAGAGACAUAAUACAGGAAAGAAAUUGGGUUUUUGUGGAAGGACUUAAUACAAAAUUGGAAUGUAUUGGAAAAACUAAAACAUUUCCUGGAAUAUAUAUAUCAAUGGAACAACCAUUAUUAGUUACCAGGGAUAUUCUUUUAGUAGAUCCACAUGACUUAAAUGGUACUCAAAUUGAAUGGAGAUAUACAGAUGAGGGUAAUAAAGUACGUGUAUCUGUUAGAACUGGUAGAAUAAUUCCAAUGCCUGAAUCUGCAUUGGAAACGAUAGAUUAUAAACAUCCAAAACUUUAUAAAGAACAAAGUAAAGAUACGACCAAAGAGGAAGUAACAAAAGUAACAUUUAAACCGGUUUUAAAAACUUUCGAAAUGGAUAUUAUGGAUAAUAUGGGUAUCAAGGAAGAUCGUACAUCUAAAAAAUCGUAUUGGUAUUAGAUUAUAUUAUUGUAUAAUAUAUUCUGGUAAAAAGAGAGCCUCUAAAGAGGGUACAGGGGGGACGAGGGAAACUAUUAUGAAAAAUAUUCAGUAUUAUUUACGCGUUACGCAGUUAAAUUGUUUAACUACGACGGUAAAUAUGACUUAAUUAGCGAGGAUUUAGGAUUGAACUAUACGAACUAUUUAAACGAUCGAUAGUAUUAUUGCACUGAGUCAGCACUAAUUUUUUUAAGGUUAUGUUAUCGAAAAUUCAAGUAAGUAAAUGCAUUUUCUAAUUUCUUUUCUUUUCUUUUCUUUUCUUGAUUAUUUCAGCAAAUAUUGUACUUUCUCGUACAUGGUAUAACCUCAAAAACAAAAACAAGAUAGGUUAUAUAUAUACACACACACAUAUAUAUAUAUAUAUAUGUAUAUGUAUAUGUAUAUGUAUAUGUAUAUAGUUUUUCUUUUUCAUUCGUGUGUAUAGAUUUUUUCGUCUCAAUAAUCGAGAUAUAAAUCUGAUCUGAGAGAUAGACAAUUUCUUGAAAAUUGAAUUUCAUGAUGUAAAAACAGAAAAGGAAAGUCAAUUAUUAUUUACUACAGUUCACGAGGACUUGGUGGCAGGGUGCCUGACUAGGAGGUUCACUUCACCGUCGUGUAAUUUUUUCAUCAGAGACCAAGCUUCUAUCCUUGACAUUCUUGUAACAUCACUACCGUUUACUUCUAGUAAUUGGUCCCCUGCCUUUAAGGCACCUGUCUUUUCAGCAGCACCUCCUAAAUUAUUUAAUAAAAUAAUGAUAUAAAUUUAAUUAUAAUUAUAUUUUAUUUGGUAUUAAACAUUUAAAUGAUAUUUUUA